AUGUUGGGUAUUCUAAAAAGAAAACUUUUGACAUGUACUAGUUGCUUUAAUAUUGCAACUACGGCCUUUUUAGUAGCAUUCGAGUUUCGGUGUGCGAGUUGGUAAUUUUUUUUUCUCGUGGAUUUUUUUCUUCUUUUUUUUUUUACUUUGGCUGCUCCGAGAGUCGUUGUCGUUGUCAUCGUUGUUUUGUUUCGGAGUCGUUGACGUCGCAUGUCUCGCGUUAUGUGAAAUAAAUUCGGAACGAUUUUUAAAUACCUGGUUUACUCAGCGAUGAUUCUGAAAUUCAACGUUACUUUCUUACUGUUGUCUACGAUCUGCUGUGAAGCGCCAUUUCAAGUUCAUCUAAAAGUACCGCGAUACGUACUGGUAAAAAGAAGCGUAACGUUCAAGUGCGAAUAUAACGCGCCGUUCGAUCACAUUCACAAAGUUGAAUGGCUAAAAGGUGAUAGAAAACUGUUUCAUUACGUCAAAGGUCGAAAUCCACCGUUCUAUAACUUCACAAUACCCGGAGGAAAGAUAAACUGGUUUCAGACGAACGCGUCGCAGUUAACAUUAGAGAAUAUAGACUUCAAAGCAUCCGGCGUUUACAGCUGUAUCGUAACCACCGAAACUCCAAUAUACACCAAACAAUCGGAAGAAAAGCAUCUGAUGGUUGUGCAGCUACAAACGCAAAAUCCGAAAAUAACGUUUAAUCGACGAAAGUACGCCAUUGGGGAAUGGUUAGAGGUAAAUUGUACCUCUGGUUUUGCUCAUCCUGUACCCGAGCUGACAUGGUUAUUGAAUGGAAACGAAGUGAACAGUUACUCGAUAAAAACAUUCCCAGAGCAAAGUUCGUACAUAUCGACAAUGCAAAUAUCGUUUCAAAUAAAAGAAGAGCAUAAUUCCGGAUUCGUAUUAACGUGUUUAUCAACGAUACCCGGAUUUAUGGGUAAACACGUUCAUCACAGUCAAUACGCUGAUCACAGAUCGGAUUCAAUUAAAAUUGACGUCGAAGGUACCGAAGUAAUUCAUAAUACGAGUUCGCGCAGCCUCGCAAGCAAUAAUAAAAUAAUCAUUAUACUGGUAGCGAAAUUAAUUUAUUUCAUGUGACGAUAUACGAGUACUAUCUACUAAAGCAUUUCAACCGUUUGUGUUCAAAAUACGAGUAACUACCUGUUAUCCAAGAUGCAUAAUUUUGUUAUACCUAUUUAUUUUAAACAUAAAAUGCCAAUUAGCCGUAUCUUCCAUAAGUAGCCCUAUUUUGUACUUUUUUAAUUCAUGUUUUUUUUUUCGUUUGUUUUAUUUCUGUUUUCUGUGUACAAUCUGUCGUUUUUAUUUGUUUACUUUGUUCUUUUUAUGUUUUUGUUUGCGAUUUAGGAAAACGAUUCUGUAUUCUAUUAGAAUAAUUUUGGCUAAAUGAACUUUAUACUUACAGUGAGUCUGAAUUUUUCGA